AUGUAUCUUCUUGCUGUUGCCGACGAGUACCAGUUUCCGGGAUCGACGCCGCCGUACGUGCUCGAUCUGAUCCCGCUGGCGUCCGGGUUGGCGUCGAUCUCGACCGACGGACAGCUCUCUCUCUUUGAUCCUGCGCGGAUCGGCGCCGGGCCCAAGCGGUCGUUCGCCACGUCCCACGGCAACCUCACAACGGCAAGGGCCUUUGACACGGCAGGAUGUGUGUUGGCGACGGCGGGCGGGAACGGCACAGUGGCGCUGUGGGAUCUGCGGGACGCUGCGCAAGGACCACAAGCGAGCGUCAAAGUCGGCUCUGCCGAUGCAAACAUCAUGUCGCUGGCGUGCGACUUGUCGACACAGUCCGUGGCCGUGGGAACCGAAUUGGUCGACUACCAAGCGUCGAUUGUCUUGUGGGACAUCCGUGCUGGGCCGACACCCAAAGUACGGUACAACGAUGUGCACAGCGACGACGUCACAGAGCUCAACUUCCACCCGACCAACGGACACAUUCUGCUGUCGGGCUCGACGGACGGACUUGUGAAUGUCUGCGACACGCGCAUUGCCGACGAGGAUGAGGUGGUGAUCCAGGCCUUCAACCACGGCGCGUCUAUCCACCACGCGGGCUUUUUGAACGACACCGAGGUGUAUGCGCUGUCGCACGACGAGAAGCUGGCGCUGUACGACCUGGCCGAGGCACGCGAAGCAGGCUCUGCGACGCGCGAUUUUGGCGAUGUGCGGCAGACCCUGGCCUGCCAGUAUGUGGCCAACGUGCUGCCCAAGUCUGGGGGCCAGGCAGGCGCCGUCAUCGGUGCAGGAUCGCAGGACUUGGAAAUGUUCCAGUUGGUGCACCUCACAAAAGGCGACAACUGGGCCUUUGCGCUCGACUCCGUUGUCGGUCUACCGGGCGCGCACGGCGCCGAGAUUGUGCGUGGUUUCUGCGUGUUUGACGAGCAGCAGGCAGUCUACACGGGCGGCGAAGACGGCAAAGUGCGCGCGUGGCGACCGUCUGCGUAA